AUGUUUGCAAGACCUCUUGCUAAUCAGAUCAUUUGCAGGACUAUUGCAUCGGCCGUCGUGGUUCCCUCCGACGAGUCCCCCCGUCACAAACGUCGCCAAUCAUCUUCCCCCGAGGCUGCCAAACGUGCUCGGAUAGAGGCAAACUUAGCGCCGGAGAAGCCAACCGUUAAGGAUACAAGCAAAGAUGAAGAAAAACGUCGUGGGAGACGCUUGUUCGGAGCACUAUUAGGUACGAUCGGGAAAUUUCAAGCAGACAACUCUUCGGCUAGGGCUAGGAACAAUGCAGUCAAACGUAGAGAAGUAGAAGCAAAACUUCAGGAGAAACUCAAGGCCCAGACAGAGGAGAUUGAUGAGAAGCUUAAGCGAGAGGAUGAGGGCAUUAACCACCGCAAGAUGGUGGAGCAGAGGCAAUUCGAUGAACGCGCUGUAGGAAAUCUCCGUUCUGACAUUUCGGGGCUGGUGAGGUUCGCUGGGACGGGUGGGGACUGAUGGCCAGGAAUUAUAGAUGCAGAUUCGCCAUGAUAAUUUACUCAACCAGGCACACACCUUGAGCACAAAGUCGUCUCCGAAGUUGGUAUGGAUCCUCAAAAAAAAAAAAGGGAAAAGUUGGAUACGCGCGUUUCGUUCUGGUCUAACAGUCCUAGUUUUACCUCCCAUGGAAGCUCACCCCCGAAGAGGAAGAACGCAUCAAACUGCAGGUACUCGCGGCCCAGGACAUCAUCGAUAGAGAGCAGCGUGAAUUUCAGCAAAAGCGCGAGACCCUUGGAGAAGAUGACCAGAAUUCAGGAACGGCUAACAUCCAAGAACCGGACGUAGCAACUGAUCGUUAUGACGCUCUAGAGCUCGCUGAAGACAGGACUCACGAAGAUGAAGACAUGGUAUAUGAAGCGCCCGAGGAUCCUGCCACUAACCUUGACAAUGCUCCUGCUGAAGAACAACAUCAGAGAAAUGCUUCCGAUGUUGAUCUUGGGGAUGUGAGUGUUGAGGAAGCUGGGGAGGAUGCAGUGAUAUACUAA